AUAGUUACAGUAAGUAGGGCCGUAGCCUACGGCGUAGGCCUACACUCCUACACUACACUGACUACAGUAACUUGAGUAACACUAACAGUAGUAGUAACAGUAUAGUCAGUAUAGAAUAAAUUCAAUAAUUAAUAGAUCUAGAUGAUACUCAACUCAGACUGAGUAUAUAAUUAUAAUACGGUCACUCACUUCAUCGAUAUGGCGAUUCCAUGACAGUUUUUCAUUUAUUAAAUUAUAACAUCUAGUAAACAACAGUGAAAAGCCUUACAUUUUUGCACUUUAGGCUAAUGCCAGACAGACGACGGAGGACAAGACCCCAAAAUGGAGGACGUGGCCUCCUUCUGCCGGACGUCUGACACAAAGAUGGACCAUUAGUAACUUGAUUCAGAAAAUAGACAUUGGAAAUUUUAAAGUCCAAAAUGAAGAUAUUAAAUGAAAAAGGCCUUUCACAUUUUGCCAAAUCUGGAUCACCAGCUGAUAAAGAGGGUUACUUAUUGAAGAAAGGAGAACUGAAUAAAGGUUUUCAGAAGAGAUGGUUUAUCCUGAAAGGGAACUUGUUGUUUUACUAUGAACACAAAGGAGACAGGGAACCUCUUGGGGUUAUUAUUCUUGAAGGUCAUACAAUAGAGUUGGCAGAAGAUACUGACACUUUCACAUUUAUGAUCAAUUUUAUGGGUUCUGGCUCACGUUGUUAUUUUCUCAGUGCUAACUCUCAGGAGUCCAUGGAGUCUUGGAUGAAAGCCUUAUCAUGUGCUGGCUAUGAGUACAUCAAGCUGAUGGUUUCAGAGCUUCAGAACAAGCUUGAGGAAGCUACUUCUAGCUCUGAAGCCAGCAUCAUCCACAGUGCAGAUAGGGAUAGCAAAAUUUUGGAUAGCAUGUACCAUCCAGAUGGCAGGUCAUUAUCAUGUGUGGAAACUAAAACUAAAAAUUCAGUUCAGAAACGAGUCUCUUUGCCCAUGAGCAGCAAACACAGAGUGAAUCCUUUCAAUAAUGUGGACUUCAGUGGAGAGUAUGGCCCAGGUGAUGCCUUUCAUCUAGUGUCAGUAUCAACUGUCUCAACAGUAGAGAUAGUGACAUGGUCUUUGCUUGGUGUAAACACUUUUCCAGAAAUGCAUGAGUAUGUGAAACAUCAGAUUGAAGAUUUUCAAAAUAAUAUACCUGAUAGUGAAGAGAAUUUGUGAUGUUAGCCAGGAGCUCAUGGUGAAGAGAAUAGCAUACUAAACUGUGCUAGAAUUAUUUAUUGACUAAAUGUAUUGAGUGAUACAACAGGGAUGGUUUUAUUACAUGUCUUUGUAUGUAUUUAGAACAACUUUCCAAUUUAAGGAACUUGUUCUAGUUAUAAUAUUCUUUGAGCUUAUUUUGAAGCUCAUGCAACAUUUUAAUGAUUUGUACAUUUGCAAACAUUACCUUAAUGAUUUCUAUUUCUAUAUUGUCAGCGUUUGAUUGUGGAUCAACUGUAGCUUUUUUCAUGUAACAUUCAAGAUAGCCGAACAUUGAACAUAUUGAAGGGAUUCUUCUAUUAUCCACCUAUUUGCUACUGAGUCAAAUGUUCUUGUACAGUCUAUGUAACGUAGAAAUAGCCUAAGCUACUAAAAUUAUAUACACUUUUUUAAAAACUGUUUUGAGUGUGUGUGUCUAUAAAUGAAUGUUAGCUAGACAACCUUGCCAGAUUUCUACACAUAAGACACCAGUAUUUUUCUGUUUAUAUUGUAGUUCUUAAAUAAAUAUACUCCAACUAGCCAGUAUUCAAUUAUCUUUUAUACAAUUUUGAUUCUACUUGCAAUUAUAGUAAUAUUAAAAUAUUAUAGCCUACUAAUGCUGUCUGAUUGUGUAUGUGUUUUUAUAAUAUUUUUGAAUUAGACCAAAAAGAAAAAAUGUGCACAAGUUGUACUUUGAUUCAAGGAAGCAGCAUACUAGAACUGCCAUAAUAGUAAAAGUAAAGCAUAUUCUUUGAGUUUGAACACUUAGAAACAGUUCAGCUAUGCUGUGCAUAUUUUUUCCCAUCUAAUACAUUUGAAGUCAAUGUGUGCUAGGGAGUCACUUACACCUGUUUGUCACUUUCCUUUGCAUCCCAUAUGUAUGUACUACAUCUUUUGUCAGAGUUCCUCAGCUGUCUCUGUCAAAAGCUGGCUUCUAGGAGUUCUCUUUGUCGGUGUAGUAGCUAUGUAAAAGACAGAAAUACAUGGUAAAUAGAUCUGCCACAUUGUCAAUGCACUGUACACAUUCACUGGUAUUAUGUGUCUUUGAUCUUCAAAGCUAUUUAUUAGUUAAGUUACACAUUGUAAUUUGUUACUAGUUUUAUUUCAUUGAAUACAUUUUUUUUCUAUGAUUUUCUUUUUUGUCUAAGAAAAAUGCAUAAUUAAUUUUGAAUGUACUAGAUCUAAGCGUUGAUUUUUAUAUUUGUUUUUAACAAUAAUUUAUGUAAUACUUUUUUAUGUACUAAUUGUCUAGUCGGAAUUCACCCACAGGCUUAUGUAAAAUAAUAGAAUGUUUGAUGUGUUAAUAAUGUUUAAAAAGUGUUAUCAUACAAAUUCAUUUUUUUUUUAAAAUGGAACAACAACAACAAAAUUAUGAACAACUUAAAAACAUACUCCAUUGAAAUUUAAUGCAAAUAAUUAUUUUCUAAAAUUUUUAAUAUGGAUGCCUUGCUAAAUUUUUAAUGCAGUUUCUGAUAAUGAUUUGUAUUAGAAAUAUUUGAAAGCAUCCUAAAGAUAAUUAUAUUUUGUUAAUCCUUCAUGUUUUUAUCCAUUUUAUAUGUAAACAAUUUUUUUUUAUAAAUUAAUAAUGCAAAAAUAAUUUUAAUAUGGUCUACAAAGUAAAAUAGUUUUGUCUUUUUUCUAAAUACACUUUUAUGUAGCUAUAACAUGAUUGAUUUAAUUACUGUAUUAUGGAUGAAAUAAUUUAGCUGUUUUAGCUUUAACUAUUUUGAUAUGUGAUAGUAACUCGAGCUUUUUAAGGAUUAUAAACUCAUGUGUGACUAGUGAUUCUAUUUUUUAAAUUAGUCAUUCAUUCUUGCAUAUCUUUAUCUACCAAUUUACUUUAUCUGCACUUCUGCCAUUUGAUUUGUUUUAUAGAAAGAGCCAUUUCAGUUAGUACCAACUGCUGUCUCUCUAGCAAUAAAUGAUAAGUUCAAACAAAAAGAUUAAAGGGCUGACAUUAGAACAGCUUGAAAGAAAACUUACUAUUCACCUAUCAAACAGUAAAAGUAUGGUAGCUGCUAUGUUUUAGUAAAUUUAGUAAAAAGAAAUUCUUUUAACUGGAUUUUUUAAUUCAAAUUCCUGUUCCUGUCAAACAGACAUAUGUUGUGCUUAAAGAUAAAAUCUUAACAUUUGAAAGUCCUACAAAUAAAAACAGAAGUUUUGUGUAAUGUUGAAUUAUUAUUAUUCAUUUGGGUUAAUAAUUUUACUACAAUAUGUGUUUUCAUUGGUUUGAUGAGUGACAUAACAUUCAACAUUUUCUGUACUAGAAACAUUGUAAAGAAAAAGGUCUUUUAAUUAAAAUUUUUUGUCUAGUUAUACCUUUUUUAAAUUUACUAAAGAGCUUCAUAGAUUGAUAAAUAUGUUUAAAUAGUCUAAAUAAUGUUUGAAAUUUGAUUUUUGUUUCUUAAAAAGUCAAGUUCCCAUUUAAGACCUUGUGAAUGUAGAGGUCAUCUGUUUCUGUGGCCUAUGGUUAAUAUUUUUUAACAAGUGUGUCAUGUGGCCAGCACUUUCCCCAACUGAUGUCAUGUACCCAUUAGAACUUGGUGGACUAAAUCAGUCUUCACCAGGAUUUACCGCUCAGCCACCGCACCAUCCUUUUUUUUUUAUAUGAAACCUUAAAAGUUGGUUCAUUUGCAUCAUAGCCACCUCUGUACUAAAUGAUAUUUGUUAUACAUGUCAUUGAAUGUUUUUCUUUAACCUAUUGCCUUAAUUGACAGAUAUUUACACCAUAGUUUUUGACUUGAUCAUUUUUUUGAGCUGCACCUUCCACUUCCCCUGACAGUAACUUUGCAUAGAAUACAAUGCAACAGAUAUACAUUCAAAUGUGUAGAAGUAGUCAUCAUUCUAUAAAUAGACACAUUUGUGUAAUCUUAAUAUUUGCAUACAAUGUAGUUCUUGUUCUCAAGUCCAAAACAAAUGUUCCAAUGUUUUCCAAAGUACUGCUAAUUAAAAAUGUGAUUUGUAAACUGAAUGAUAUUAACACAUUGAAGUGAUGCAAUAAAAAUCCAGUGUGAGUCCAAAUAA